UGACAAUGUGUCCCUCCGCCCUAGCAGGCCGCCGCAUUCCCGCAUGCCGACACACGGAGUCGUCAGCCAGUCAUUGACUAAUUUUGGAUCCAACCGGGUAGACGGCAAGUUUGGUCGGGAGACAGAGGCGAGCUAGCUUCUUGCUAGGAGUGUUCAGGACUCUUUUUGGUGGUUUGCAGGGGAUAUUCUGAAGGAACAUGGCCGACGCAAACGGAUUGGACACAUCUGCGAGUGGCGAGGGUCUGUCGUAUCUGUGCAAGUCAGAUCCGGAGUAUGCAAAGUACGCGUCGCUGUACGACGCAGCCAUCGGUGGACAUGUAGACAAGGUGGAAAAAUUCGUGAAGGACGGCUUAAAUGUGAACUAUCAGGACCCAGACGGAGACACCGUGCUUCACAUGGCGGCCAGCACCAACAACCUGCACGUAGUAGAGAUCCUGCUCAAAGCUGGUGCAGAUGUCAACGCAAAGAACAAAGCAGGAUGUUCUAUUCUAUACGAGGCCGCGCAGGGAGGUGAUGUCGCCGUUGUGAGGGCCAUCCUAGAUACGGGUGCAAACUUCAAAGAAAAAGACAAGUACGGUGACACGGUGCUGCAUAAGGCUGCCUGCUGGGGACAACACGAAGUGGUCGCGGAACUGUGCCGUGCAGGAGCGCCGGUAAACGACAAGAACAUGAAAGAAAGCACACCACUCCAUGAAGCAAGCGCAAGUGGUCACCUAGAGGCGGUGGAAAUAUUAAUAGAGAACAGGGCAGACGUCAACGCACAGAUGAAGUACGGCUACACACCUCUCCAUAAGGCUGCUAUGGGCGGACAUGAACUUGUUGUAGACGCCUUGCUGAAGGGAGGCGCCCAGGUCAACCUCCAAAACGAAUACGAACAGACACCGCUGCAUAUCGCCGCGAAAAAGGGCAAGCGCAAGUCCGUCAGAGUUCUGCUCAAGGGCGGUGCAGACCCUACCAUUAAGAAUGAGGAUGAAGAAACCCCCCUGGACAAUACACAAGACGAUGAAAUCCGAGAGAUAUUACUAUCAGCUAAAACCUAACAGAAGGAGAUGCCCCAGUAGAUAUGACCAGAUCUCUGGAUGACGAAACCAUCCAACUGAUGCGUUCCGCCGCAGGGAGGCGCUAACAAAACAUCUCGUCUGACCUUUGACCUUUCAGACUUGCAAUGUGGGAGGGGGGGGCACUUUUAAAACGCAGUGUAUGCAUCGAUUUAGUAUACAAAUAUGCAAUACGUUUCACACAGUGACAAAGUAGACACCGAGACACUGUUAUCAUAAAAUGUCUGGUUGAAACAAUGUGGUUCUAUAUCAAUAAAUCAAUUAUACCUUUAUAUUUUCUUAAACGCUAAACGGGGCAAUGUAUUGGUUUACUUAUGAAUCGAACUCGUGUGUCUCUUAUAUAUAUGUGUCAUCGGGGAAAUAAGCUUCGUAAAUUUAUAAAGAUAAAUGUUUUGAUGAUGGAUACAAAUAAACAUGUGCUUGGAUGGCAUGUAAGAGGGAGGGGGCAAGACAUAUCCGUCGUGUGUUUGUCCCAAUAUUUCAUAUAAUUGUAUACAUGGCUCUGGUUGUCAAGACAAAGUUAUCACAUCCGUAAAGAAAGAACAAGAUUGGGAGUCUAAGAAUUACAUGUACAAUUACCAUGUAGAUCGUUAACAUACCAUCUUUGGAAACAGACCAUAAUAGUCUUUAAAAACAGACCAUAAUACUCGCCGUGAGAUCAAAUCGAACUUCGUUUCCCUGAGGAUCGCGUAUCAGAUUUAGGAAACACUGUAAAUUUGAUGCUACAACGCUGUACGGAAGGCCCAUGUGCAGAUAUAUGCGUUACCAUUAUGUUCACUAUCCUGGGGUACAGAUUGUAUAGGACGUCACCUAGUAAGUAUUGAUGGUAUGACAGCUACCUAGACAAUGUAUUUUGUUUGUAACUUUGUUUGUAGGAUUUUAACGCGGAGGUUAUAAAGAAAUAACCUCAAUUGGUUUCAUAACGUGUUUUUAAUGCAUAUUGUUUCAUAGAGUGUUAAUUGACAGCUAUCACAUUUAUUACAGAACAGUUUUUUGUCUUGAUUCUAUUUUUUUCUAUUCACUUCUUUCAGAAAUUGAUAUUUUGGGACAUUGUAAAGCUUUCCAAAUGCUAGAAAUUAUACCACGAUUAGUAAAGUAAUAAGUUACAUAGUAUCUGCUGAAGUACACUGGUACCUUUUUUCAGGAUUCGGAAAAAGAAAUUAUGUAAAAGAUAAUUCGACGUUCAUUUACGGCACUUUUAUGUCAAUCUUAUUCGAUAUAUGUUGCAAGUUUGUAAAAUAAAACGUUUUAACGUCGCAAUGGUUUGUCGACUUGGCAAAGGAUUUUAUGUAUGUUGCGAAAUUGCUUUGAAUACAGGAAUCGUUUUCAAUUGGUUGUAUGUUA